UUCUGCGCGACUCUUCGGCGGUCUGUGUAGCUGAGUGCAGCUGUGGCUGUGUGUGUUUUGUAGGGAGAAAGAAAUGACUGCUGUUGAGAGAGGUUUAAAAACCCAUUUCGGGUUUGAAAAGUUCCGAUCACAGCAGCAGGAGAAUGUCGUUAAAGCGGUAAUGAAAGGUGACAGGGAUGUGUUUGUGUGCAUGCCAACUGGAGCAGGGAAAUCUCUGUGCUACCAGCUUCCUGCAGUGCUGAGCACUGGCAUCACCCUGGUCAUAUCUCCUCUAAUUGCACUCAUACAGGAUCAGAUAGAGCACCUUAAAGCGUUAAACAUACCGGCAUGUUCCAUAAACUCGAAGCUUCCGUCUGGAGAGAGGAAGCAGAUCCUGGCUGAUCUGCAUAGUGAAACUCCUCGGCUCAAGCUGCUGUACAUCACUCCAGAGAUGGUGGCUUCUCCAUCUUUCCAGCCAUGCCUGAGCUCUUUGUGCUCCCGCAGCUUGCUAGCCUGUCUGGCUGUUGAUGAAGCUCACUGUGUAUCUCAGUGGGGUCAUGAUUUUAGACCUGACUACCUGAAGCUGGGAGACCUGCGCACCCGUAUGCCCGGCGUCCCCUGUGUGGCCCUGACGGCGACAGCACCCAAGCGGGUACAGGAGGACAUUGCACGCUCUCUGAGGCUACGAUCACCACUCACUUUUACCACUCCGGUGUUUCGGGAAAACCUGAAGUACGACGUGAUAUUUCGAGAUCUGCUGCCUGACCCUUAUGUUCAUCUGCAUGCGUUUGCUAAGGAAGCCCUCAGAGGAUGCUCAGCUGAGAAGGGAUGUGGGAUUGUGUACUGUCGCACCAGAGAGAGUUGUGAGGACGUUGCACACAGAUUGACUAAGCUUGGGCUUUUGGCCAGGCCCUACCAUGCAGGUCUGAAAGCAGGAGAUCGCACGGAUUCACAGGCUGAUUGGAUGGAAGGGAAAGUCCCUGUUAUUGUGGCCACUAUCAGCUUCGGGAUGGGUGUUGACAAGGCCAAUGUGAGGUUUGUAGCUCACUGGAACUUGGCUAAGUCUUUGGCCAGUUAUUAUCAGGAAUCAGGACGUGCCGGCCGUGACGGACUUCCCUCUUCUUGUCGCAUCUACUACUCUCCCAAAGACAGAGACCAACUUCGCUUUCUCAUCUGUAAAGAGAUCAACCGCAAACAGGAGAAACGAGGUUCCGAGAAAGAACAGGACAAAGCACCCCUUCUGGACUUUGAGGCCAUGGUUGCUUUCUGUGAGCAAGAAGGAUGCAGACAUGACACUAUAUCUAAGUUCUUUGGGGACCAGACACCAAACUGCGCCGGUGCUUGCGACUACUGUCAGAACCCUAAACUUGUCCGCGCUCAACUGGAGAAAGCUGCUACCCUCAGCACGAGGACGGGGCCAGCGCAGAGCUCUGAGAACAGGGGACCUUUCGGUUUUGACCGCGAGCUCUACGGAGGAGGGAAGAAAGGCUAUGGCUUUGAGAGGUAUGAUGAUGAGUGGGAGGGUGGCACUGAGGACGACACGGAGAAAAGAAAAAAAGUGUUCGGGGAUCUAUUCAGGAAACAGAUGAGUCUACGGAAGCCGGGAUCAGGUGGCCCAAGAGAGACAUUCGCUCCACCAGAUGCUGACUGUCCAUUAAAGGAGGCGAGCAGUCAGAGAAUCCCAAGACUCCAAGUGAAGGCACGAGAGCACUGUCUGGCUCUUCUCCAGGCAUCUCUGACUAACCACAGAGUCACAACAGAUCAGUCUACCAGCCCUGACCCUCUUUCCAUGGCGGUGGAAAUAGAGCAUGAAGUCUUCCGAUCUUGCAAGUCGGCAAACCUGUACAAGGCUGCAGUUCUCAAAAAAGUAGCAGAGCUUAAGAAAGGCAGCGAUGACACAGCAGCGCCACCUGUGGACGAAGACGGAGAAACACGCAGCUCCAGUGUGAACGAAGAGAAAAGGAUGCAUGAAGAAGCAGCCUCCUCCUCUUCUUCCUCAUCUGUCGCUGAAGAUCCGCUGGGUUUCACAUCUGCCUCUCAGAUCUAUUCACUAAAGCGAAAGCGAGUGGGUGCAGGAUUCCGAGGCUCCUCCGCCCUCUUCCAGUCCGCAUCGGAGUUUCUGAAGACUUCCAAGAAUGAGACUCUAACAUCAGCAUGCGUUUCAGAAGAACCUGCUCGUGAUGAAGAGGAGCAAGAAGGAAAGCCUGAGACAAAGAGAAGCAAAACAUCUCCAUUUGUCUCCUCAUCCUCUAGCAGCCCCAGCAAGAGAUCAGUCAAAGCCUUGAGUAAGAAACAGCAGAAAUUUGCAGAAGCAGCUAAGAACUCACAUUGUAUCUCUCAGUACUUUGGAAAAAAGAUCAUGGACGAAACCCCAAAAAAUAACGAGGCCACAGUCUCUGUAGCUGAGGAAGCGAGUGUCUUUGUUGAAACUCGACACAACCUCAAGAGCAAUAACACUGAGACUCAACAUGAACGCUCCAUGGAUAUGGAAAGCACUGAAAAGAACACAAGGCGUGUGGAGAAGCAGACCCUGGAUGAUAUUUCCAUGGAUAUGAGCACUACAGAUGGAGAGACACACACGACUGAGGAGGCCACUGAGGGCAUUGAGGAGAGAACAAUGCUAGAGGCUGAAGGGAACAAGUCAAAGUGUGACGAUGAGGCACAAGCAGAAAAGCCCUGUGAGGACGCAGAGUCACGUUCUCAACCCCCCAACAAACACAACCGUCCACCCGACAGCAAACGCAGGGUGACCUUUGACCCUGUGGUUCAAGAGAGAAAGAUGGAGGCAGACAGUGACGCCAAUCACGUGUCACACCAGCCUGUGACUCUGAAAGAAGCAGCUGAUAUUGUUGUGAAAAUCUUGGAUCCUUUCUACAAAAAGGGGAAAUUUGCUACAAAAGACCUGUUCAAGUCAUUUGCACGCUUCCUCUCUCAUCUGCUUGUAGAAGGAAAAGCUAAGGAUCGAGUCAAAGUGAAAAUGGAGGCGAAGAGUUUAAUCAAGAGGCUCUUCAGCAGCGUCCAGCGCUGCGAAAACGAGACAGACUGGAAACACCUGCAAGACUUCGCCAAACCCGAUGCAGCAAGCAGAACUGCAGUACAGGAGGACAGAUAGAGCUUCCUGCUUUAUGCUACUCCCAAUACCCCACCACCACCACCCCCAAACCCCACCUCAGGCUACCUCUCUCAGGGACAUAGCAGAGGCUGCUGCUAUUAUGAAGGCAACAUAUUUCAGCAUCUGGCCCUUAUUUGCUCCUACUAGUGCACUUUAAUGGCAGGUGAUUACUGUGAUGUAGCUUUAGCUCCUAGCUGCUACUUUAGACGCUGCUAAGUACAGGGGAAUUUCUGAACAAGGUUCAGACAUUUUACAAAGAUGAAACAACAAUUUCUUUCAUUUUCUUUGCUUUAAAUAAAAUGGGUGGUGUUUGUUUCCUGUGGUCACUCAUUAUAAAGGGAAGAGAUAUGAUUCCUGAUUGACUUCCAUG